AUGGCCGAGGAACGUCCGCCCUAUCACGACAAUGACGUAGGCCCGUUCGCAAGCGUUGAAUACACUCUUGCUCGUGAGGGUUCCAGUCCGAAGGAGCUUGAUCUAAAGCUGCGCGACCGUAACGUGCUGCUUGUUGUCGAGCUCGACGACACCAACGCUCGAGCGCUUCAUCUGCAAAAUGCACGACAGGACACACUCACAGAGGCCCAAUAUGCUGUUGAUAAAUUCCUUGAUCGACUUGCGCCGCUUGAAAACAGCAACUCUGGCCACACAGUAUUCCAGAUGUUUGAUAGAGUUCGUGACGAGAUAGCUGGCCCGGUUGAUGUUGCUGUGGUCGACAUUGAUGAUUUGAUGUCGAGAUUGACCGGGAUCAAUAACGACGAACUCAAGUAUCCCAAGAAAUCAGUAGACACAACAUCCAAGGACGGUCCGGACUCGAACCCGGUUGCCGAGAUUAUCGCAGCCUGCGGUGACUUCCUUAGCCGGGUGAGCUCCAGUGGUGAAAGCCGCCUUAAGAGAGAUGCAUCAAUUCUGACGAGGGCGUCGGAGUCCGUUCACCUAAGUCUUCAAGACUAUAUGGAGAAGCAGGCUUUAAAGCGAUACCUUGGUUUUAAUUGGUACACCCCCUCAUACCCAGAGGAACGAAUCAUCAGGAAGCAGCCGAAAUACCAUAUAUAUUACGAUGAAGAAGAUGAGGGCUGGCGCCAUAAGAAGGGCAAUUAUAGUGUGCCACCGUGGUCUACGCGCGGGCAAGAGUCGGGCUAA